AUGUCCACAGAUCAGGAUGAGAUAGCUCAAGUUUUGAAAAAGGAGAUGGAUCAAGGACUUGGAGAUUCUCUAACUGACGAAAACACAGAAGCUAUAAAGAGUUUUAGGUCUCUACUGAAAAAAUACCAGAAUUUGGUAAUCGAAUAUCACAACCACAACAUCGAGUCUAAAAGAUACAUUGAAAUGAUCUUGGAUAAAAACAAUAGGCUGAGAGAAAUCAACAAAAAAUUGGAGCAUGAAAACAUGAUAUUGAAGGGGAAGAUUAAUAGUAUGGCAAGGAAACUAGAAGCACUGGAUUGUUUGGAAUGGGAAACUGGAUGUUUAAAAACGCGUGGUGUCAAAAUUAAUAAAAACGAAAAUAGCGGCGGUUUCCCUGUCAAUUGCUCUAAUUUGAGAGACCAAUAG